AAUAAAGAAGUGGCUGCAUGGAAGCCAGGUCAUUGAUGAGUCGGUGAGAUAAGGGUAGGAUCCACAACAAUAUCCACAACACUAUGUGAUGGAUUCCUCAUCACUUUGCAUUGCAACACACACACAAACACUCAUGGCUGCCAAACUCACUCUCUCUUCUCCUCUUUCCUUCAAAACUUCUUUUCUGCCAAAAUCACUUCCAAUUUCUCUUGUUUUGUGCUCCCCAAGAACCAAUGUUACUGGUGUUAAAGUUCAUGCUAAAUUAGGUGGUGGAGACGAGGAUGUCAAGAAAGGGGGCAAGAAGAAAUUCAUCACCAGAGAGGAAGAACCACAACAGUAUUGGCAGACAGCAGGAGAAAGGGAGGGUGAAAAUCCUAUGAAGACUCCUCUUCCUUACAUAAUCAUAUUUGGCUGAGAAAGCUACUUCAUAGUGGCAGUUUGAUGAUCCUUAUACAAUUUUAGAUUCAAAACAAAAGGAGAAGAAUCAACAAUGGAUAAGGAUUUUUUUUAAGUUGGAUACGCUGCUGGUUGUUUCAAGAAUAGCAUGUUGUUGAUCGAUGCGUAACAGUUUUUUAACGACCUUACACUGAAACUGAUAACAUGAGAAGCUUGGUAACCCCAUUUGUUGCAUGGAAAAUUAACAAGGGAAUGUUGAAGUCCGAGAUAUUUAAUUCUUUCUGCUUCUUUCUUAUCAAACCAGGAAAAGAAAAAGGAAAGAGAUUUGGAUCGAUAGUAUAGUAUAGACCUGCAGUUUUUUCUUA